AUGAUGAACUGCUUGAUCUCUUGGAGCCCCCGCCUGCGUCUCUGCUACCACCGCGACGUGGAUCCGUCGUCCCCCUGCUGCAGCCCCUCCAGCUACGCCGCCCAGACCCAGAGCUCCGUCCACCUGCGCUGCAGCGGCGGCGUGGCGGCCGCGGGCGGCAGCGUCGUCAGCGGCGCCGGCACCACCACCACGACCACCCGCAAGUUCACGCUGGCGCAGCUGUCAGCGGCCACGGGCGGGUUCCGUGACUCCAACCUGGUGGGCGAGGGCGGGUUCGGCAGGGUGUACAGGGGCCGGCUGGACGAUGCGGCAGCCGGCGGCCUCGAGCUCGAGGUGGCCGUCAAGCAGCUUUGCCGCGGCGGCGCGCAGGGCAGCCGCGAGUUCCUGGUGGAGUGCAGCAUGCUGAUGAUGCUGCGCCACCCGAACCUGGUGUCCCUGGUGGGCUACUGCGCCGAGGCCCAGGAGCGGCUCCUCGUCUACGAGCUCCUCCCGCGGGGCAGCCUGGACGCUCACCUCUUCGUCUCCAAGUCCCUUGCCUGGGACGCCCGCGUGAAGGUCGCCGUUGGCGCCGCCCGCGGCCUCCGCUACCUCCACGAGGUGGUGGCGCCGCCGGUGAUCUACCGCGACCUCAAGUCGUCCAACAUCCUGCUGGGCGACGACCUGAGCCCCAAGCUGUCGGACUUUGGGCUCGCCAGGCUGGGCCCCGAGGGCGACGACACCCACGUGUCCACGCGCGUCAUGGGCACCUACGGUUACUGCGCGCCGGACUACGCCGUCACGGGGAAGCUCAGCGUCAAGUCCGACGUCUACAGCUUCGGCGUCCUGCUGCUGGAACUGCUCACGGGGCGAAGGGCCUUCGACGCCCACACUAACGCUACCGCUACUAGGGAUGAGUCAGAGGAGGAGGACGAGGAACGACAGCAGGAGCAGGAGCGGCGGCUGCUGGUGUGGGCACGGCCCCACCUGCAGCAGCUGCAGGGGCGGGGCAGGGGCAGGUGCCUGGAGGCGCUGGCGGACCCGGCGAUGCAGGGGCGGUACCCUCGCCGCGGACUCUACCAGGUGGCCGUCAUCGCCUCGCUCUGCCUGCACGACGAGCCCAACCUCCGCCCCACCAUGACCGACGUCACGCAGGCGCUGGAGCACGUGGCGUCGCAGCCCUGGAGGGUUGUUAGUUGUAGGGAUAGAGACGGCGAUCAGGAGGAGGCUGCCGGCGGCGGAUCAUCGAGAUGGGGACGGGGACGGGGACGGGGACGGGGACGGGGAGGCACUCCGCGCGCCUCCGCCGCCACUGCCGAUGACAGCUGGUCGUCCCGGCGGUAG